AUGGCCGACAUUUCGAACGGACAUGCGAACGGGAAUGCCAGUGUGGAUGCCCUCAAGAACAACCUUGCUGCCACCUACAACAAUGUUACCAGCGGCCCUGUAGCUCAGAACAUCAAGGCCGAGGGCGCGAGAACCACGGAUGAGCUUUCCAACUUGGCCAACUCUCGCCGCGCUCCUUCGUACACCGCGGCUACUGGCCAGCCCUUGACUCAUUACCACUCCUUCUUCUCGGAGCUGUUGUCAUGGAAGAAUCCUCGCGCCUCUGGAAUUGCCUACCUCACAAUCGUCUCGUUCAUCUUCUCGGUUAGAUACCUGGAUGUUCUCCGAUGGGGUCUCAAGCUCACAUGGAUGGCCCUCGGUGUUACCAUUGCCGCCGAGAUCGCCGGAAAAGCCAUUUUGAACAAUGGCUUUGCUACCCAGCUCCGCCCUCGCAAGUACUACACUGUUCCCCGAGAGACACUUGAUGCCGUUAUUGGCGACGUCAACGAACUUAUCAACUUUGGUGUGAUCGAGUCCCAACGCAUUCUUUUCGCUGAGAACAUCUGGGCUUCCGCUGCUGUUGCCCUCGGCGCCUUCAUCUCGUACUACUUGGUCAAGGUUGUCCCGUACUGGGGUCUUGCUCUCAUCGCCACCUCCGUCAUCUUCUUCGCCCCUCUCAUUUACACCACCAACCAGGAGCUUAUCGACAGCCAGAUCCAGCACGCUGGUGAGAUUAUCAAUGAUCAGACCGAGCAGAUCCGCUCCUUGGUCCAGAAGAACACCGAGCAAGCCACCCAGGUUACCAAGCAGUACAUGGGCGACUACACCGCCAAGGCUCAGUCCUUGAUCAAGGGUGCUGUUGGUCAAGAGAAUGGCCACAAAUCCGAGCUCAAGCCGACUGACUUCCCCGUCGCUCCCAAGGAGGACAUCAAGUCGGAGCCUAUUGCUCCCCCUACCAAGGCCGGUGAGGAGGAGCCUUUGAUCGCUGCUUAAGUGAGCAAGGCUUCCUUCGACAAUCAUUCGCGCUUGCUCUGCCUUGUUGAGCCAGAUGAGUGACAAAAAAACAGAAAUCCGAUCAAACCUGUGGCAAACUUUUAUGGCGCGGGACGGGGCAUGGAAUGGCUGGACGGUACAAAGACUGCCACUUUUUCUUUUAAUGGGAUCAUGGGAUGGUGCGAGACUGCUUUUUUCUCAGUAGUUUCGAUAUGCUAUUGUUGUUAUUCCCGGGUUGUGUUUUCUUUUGGGGACUAUUGGGAUGAGGAGGGACGUUGAAUCCACGAAUGCGUUCCCCUGUUUUGUUGUUAUGAGUAGUUAUGAUCCUAGGGUUUCCUGGCAAAAAUGACAUGGGGGGUGACCGGGUGUUGGUUGUAAUACAAGUACGUUUUUAUGA